AUUUGGAUGCUUUCCCAUCUUGGAUUACCAUCUGGGCGUGAUAAGUUGAAGAAGCUCUUCAGCUCGUCUCUUGUGAAAGGGUUGAGCGCAGAAGAGUUUCGAGGCACGAACAUAGAAUAUGUCGAUGCUGUGGCCGCAAUCUCAUCCGUUAUUCACCACGAUAACUGCCGUCAUCUGUUGACGUGGAGACGGUGGAUGGUGUGUAUGGCGCUUAACAGCAAGGUGUCAAAAACGAUGUCGCCAAACGGCGUAACCCUUCCUCAGUACUACGAGGAGCAUGUAUGUCAAAGCUCGUCUUCUGAUGGGCACACAAUGUCCUACAAACAGUUCGACCGUUACAAUCGGGAAGGAUCCCAUCUAGCGCGCAUUGCUCGCUCCGGUGGCCUACACACCCUCCUCUUGAUAUUAGCUUUUGGUCUUGUUGCUGAAUUACGCAAGAUGAACGGCUUCGAGUUGGAUAUUAUAGCAGCAGGCCUGACGGAUCCCUCCACACUCUCGGAUGCUAAUUCAAAUGAAAAGGAGAUGAAGCAGCUGCUUCUGUGGAAUGUGCUCCCAGGCCUCGCAUGGCUUCGGUCCUUUGUUCCUUUGCGAGCCUUUUCCCGCGAUUUCGGCGUGGAUUUGGCCAGCGACGCUGACUGGUUCGACGUCCACUUCAGGCAGGACGCUCGAAGUAAUGGCGCUGAAGGGAGCAUGGGUACACAGGUUGCGUAGGGCUGCAGGGAGGUGGAGAUUCAUUAUGUACAUGUAUUGAUAAGCUGGGUCUACAAAAUUUGGAAAAUUCAAAUGCUAUUCCUC